UGGAUUUCUGGAAAACCGGGUCUGAAAGACCGUAUUAGCCGUUCUCGUGUCGAUAUUCGGAUUCAGCACCAAAAGUAACGUAUAGUCCACUAUGUUUCAAAAAUAAAGCGAUUUGACAGUUGGAUAUGUUCCCUCGUCAGUCAAAAUCCAUCCAAGCUAUUGCAGAAUAUCAAGAUAUUUUAUCUGCAGUAUACCGUACAGGUCAAUAAAUGAUUUAAAAACCAACAGACAAUAGUUUGGCUUUUGGAAAGGUUUCCUAGAAACCUUGAAAACAUAGGCUUUUACAUUCUGUAUGGUUUUUAUUUUAGCUACAUGCUAAUCUACUCUUAACUAACCAAAACACUCAAUAAUCGUAAUGUUAAUAUUUUCAUUACUUAGUAGAAAACACUCUUGGAGAAUACUUAUUCUCAAUGUAGCCAAAAAUAAUUUCAUUGUUUAUUGGUAGUAAAAAUAAUAAUCAUAGAAAAGUUGUUGUGUUGAAUGUAAUAUUUCGAUCGAUUUAUUUGAUCAUUUUUAUGCUCAUAUGUGCUCUUCUCGUCGGAUGGAAAAGAAUUUUCUUCGAGCACAUGGUAUGCUCGAGAACGUACUUUCAAGCAUCGCUCAAUAAUUGUUUUAAGACUGCAUCAGACUGCUUCUAUCAAUCAUUAAUGAUGUCAUUUAACAACAGGAAUAAAUCUGCGGCAUUAGCAAGAUAUCGCUAAUGUUAUGCCAGGUGAAUUAUGCUACUUAUGGUGAAGUAAUUAUGGAAAUGUACAAAAAACUACUGAAACAAGGCUAUCGAUCUCCGCGAUUGAUGGAAGCUGUGAAAACAGUUUUUUGAAAAAUAUUACACUUCAAUCAAUUUAAGUGGACUGAAGGAGAACUCAUCAAAGAUUUGACAAAAUAGUUUUCAUCCACAAAGUCUUUUACAUUCUGUAUGGUUUUUAUUUUGAGCAUCGAUUAAUAAUUGUUUUAAGACUGCAUUAGACUGCUUCUAACAGUCAGGAAUGAUGUGAUUUAACAACAGAAAUAUAUCUGCAGCAUUAUAUAUUCAAUUUUAAUUGUGUGAUCAUAAUGAUAGUAUACCAAAACUUUCAUUAUUUACUAUUUUACGGAGUAUUUCAUUUCACGAUAAAUGUAAAGAACCACUUAAAAAUAAUGGUGAAUUACUGAAAUUAAUUCAAAGAUUAUCAACAAGUACAGAAACCGGUAUUUGUAAUCAGGAACAACAUCAAUGCAUACCGAAAUACUUGCCAUCAAUUAGAAAAGCAUGUGAAGGAAUAUUAUGGAAUCCAGCCGAUGUAAAAUUACUGAAUACAUCGUCGCUAAUGACAUCGACACAAUCUCAACGGUCAUUAGCAAUGAUCAGUUAUUCUCAUGUUGAUUUGGCAUUUUGUUAA